GCUAGGCUCAGAUAUUGAUUGUGUGAGAACGCCAUUGAGCAGUGUAAUCAAAUCCUCACAAACAUUGGAAGGUGUAUAAAUAACAAGCGCUCGUUUGCCUUUUAGUCGAAAGGUAUGAAAGGAAAGCAGUGUAUACCUCAUUUCCUCGUGUAUUCGCUUUUAACGUGAAGACAUCCAUGGAUACAGGUGACAACAGACGUAGACGGGCGAGGAGUGUGAGAGCCAAAAUAACUGGUACGCAAGAUGCGUCUGCGAAAAGGGAAAAUGCAAACGUCCUAAGAUCUUUGAGUGUUGGGAAUACAGACGACAAUGAUGCCAUGGAGGAUGACGCUGGCUUUAUCAAAAAUUGGAGUUUGGAGCGAAAGGUCAUGGCUCCGCGGUACAGUUUACUCCGUGAGGUCGGAAGGGGCAGCUAUGGCGUGGUCUAUGAAGCGAUUGCACGGAGGUCGGGUGCAAGCGUUGCAGUAAAGAAACUUCGAUGCGAUGCACCAGAAAAUGUCGAGCUUGCCUUGGCAGAAUUCUGGGCCCUGGCUAGCCUUGAGAAACGACACGAGAAUGUGGUGCAAUUGGAAGAAUGUGUGCUACAAAGAAACGGUAUGGCUCAGAAAAUGAGUCAUGGGAACAAGAGAUCCAAACAAUACUUGCGGUUGGUGGAGACGUCAUUAAAAGGUGAGCGAGUGCUGAGCCACCCAGAGGAGCCCUGCUACCUUUGGUUCGUCAUGGAGUUCUGUGAAGGUGGAGACCUGAACCAGUUCAUCCUGUCGCGACGACCCGACCCGCUGACCAACAACAGUUUCAUGCUCCAGCUCACCAGUGCCGUGGCCUUCCUGCAUGAAAACAACAUUGUCCACCGAGACCUCAAGCCUGACAACAUCCUCAUCUCUGAAAAGUCGGGGACACCAGUUCUCAAAGUCGCCGAUUUCGGCCUCAGCAAGGUGUGUGCUGGCCUAGGGGGCGCUGGGAAGGACGACGAGGGCGAAGACAAGAACAAAAACGUUGUCAACGUCAACAAGUUCUGGUUGUCGUCGGCAUGCGGCUCAGACUUCUACAUGGCACCCGAGGUGUGGGAGGGCCACUACACGGCCAAGGCGGACAUCUUCGCCCUUGGCAUCAUCAUCUGGGCAAUGCUGGAGCGGAUCACCUUUAUCGACGCUGAGUCCAAGCGCGAGCUGCUGGGAACUUACGUGAGGCAGGGCACCGACAUCGUGCCAGUUGGCGAGGCACUGCUAGAGAACCCAAAGAUGGUACUGAACAUCCCGCAGAAGCGCAAGUCCUCCAUGUCAGAUGGGGUGAAGAAACUUUUGCAGGACAUGCUGUCGGUCAACCCGCAGGACCGGCCCGAUGCGCUUGAGCUACACAACCGGAUGGACCAGCUCACAUGUGCUGCGUGACCCCCCCCCGAGCAUCGGAACUAGAACUCUUCCCCAGGUACCACUUUCAAACUUCCUGGACCCAAUGAAUCAGUGAAAGUACACUUUACUUUGGAAGACUGUGAAAUAUCUACCGUGAGAAAAGAAAAAGGAAGCAUUCGAGCCAACUGCUAAUUGAUACCGCAAAUGGAAUUAGUAUUCUAUCAGUACAGUUCUCAACCUAUAUUGUUACAGGGAAUGUUUUACUUGGCCUGAAAUUAAUUGUAGAAUAAUGAUUACACAUGUACUCCAUUUGUAUUGAUAUACCUGUUAUAUCUGCUGCUUUGUAGUAGGAUGGCCAUGUUUGUUUGUCCUGAAUGUGUCUGUUUUGGGUUCACCCUGUGAACCGGUGGCACUGUGUAUCAAGACACGUUUGAUAUAUGUUCAACACCUCGGCCACUUUGUGUGCAUGCUUCACUGACACCCCACCAUCUUGCCCCAUCUUCCAUUGACAAACUACAUUAUCCUACUGACAGCUUUUCAUCCCGUUUCACUUUAACUUGUCCAUCACUUGAAGGCAUGACAUAAAAUUGUGAGCAAAUUGUUGAUUUGAAACCAGUGGACUGAAAAUAUAUAUUUUUUACAGAUGGUCUGUGCACCUUUGCUUAAAUGAUUUAAAUCCAAGUAGCCUUUUUUAUUAUGCCCCACCGUGCCUUGAUAAUCAUCUGAAAGUGGGAUUGAAAUUACCAUUUUAAUUGUUUUCUUUAAUUUGACACUUGUUUUCUUUCAUUUGAAUUUUGACCUUUUU